CAACAUGUGAUCUCUACAGACACGAUUUUCUCACCGUUUUUAUGGACGCGUACGACAUCGAUAAGGUACGCCAGGCACGUUAUUCUUACGUAGUGCGCAGCACGUGUAAAAGAAGUACCUUGGUGGUAUGACAUAUGACACGACAUGAACGGGGCCCGGGACUGGUGACACCGGUCGAUCGGCUCGGCGCCUCUUGGACAGGGGGGCGAGGCCCGUUGAAGAUUUACUUUUCACUGCCGUAAUCAUGUGGAUCCUCGGCUUGGGAUUGGGAUUGUUGGGAUACAUGAAACAAUUCACGGAUCUAACGGCUUGCUGGAGACAAGGAUGCAUCAAUUGUUGUUGGAAGUUAAGUAUGAGGUGUUUGAUAGUGGGUGCAGUAUCUCCGGCGUGCUCUCUCACGUAAUGCCGCGCGAUGCAGCGUCGUUGGGAGCAUAACACAUUCAACGCCUUACAUAAGUUUGUUAGCGGCAAGGACGGGUCCCGGUCUAAGUCGAUUCCCAUCUGACGUGGUGUCCCAAAGUCAACAACGGAAGGAACGAAGGGUACGAGGUAAACAAGCACCGAGCUUUGAGCUGGCUAUCAUGUGUUGGCAACAUGCAUUACAGCACAGUAUGUACGGAUAUGCGGAUAUAUGCAGUAUAAUACCUAUCUCGGCGCUGGCAGCAAGAACAGAGCUGAGCUGUGGAUUGCACUGCCGGCUUCCCUGCCGAGGCACUAGAAGGGCCAAAGACUUUCUCAUAUGCCCUUGGUAUACGGUACAUACUCUACUCUAGUCGCGCCGCGGCGCAGCCGAGCCUUGAACUCCACCAAAGAAAGUUUUCUCUGUCCCGUUUAAAAUGUAAGAAAAGGAGUCAGCCAAUGCUAGGCUAAGAAUAGGAACACGCCUUUUUUAUAUAAUAGAAAAAGCCCAGCCCGAUGACGAAUAUGUGACGCCUUACUCCUUUGGAAUUUAUUAUUCUUUUUAUUUGUAAAUAAGAAAAGAAACAAAACCAGCGUGAUCCCCUUCUUUACUACUCGAGUAACAAUAACGAAAAUAUCGCUGUACUGUCAAUUUUGCUGUGAGAUCCUGUGAAGAUCUUAUAACGCUAAAAACGCUCUUAUCGCAUUCUGGUUUCGCCACUCCGCCCGCCAUACCGCCACUACCCGUAAUCGGAGAGGUACCGUACCGCAUGAAAAGAAAGUGGAUGACACAAUCGAAUUGAAACAACUUUGCCUGAAUCCGUUUGCUUGAAUGAAUUUGCCGGCAGGCCCAGCAUCUCACCUACAUCGCGGCCUCUGGUGACAGGUCGUUACACCAAGUUGCUCGCCAUGCCAGUAUUCAAUCCUUUCCAGAGCGUGACGGGACGCAACAGCGCAUCGCUGUUUGAGAUCAGGCUUGAAUCUGAUGUGAUCGUGCUGAGAGGCCCUGAAAGUGAGGCCUCGAGCCAGAUCCUGCGGGGUGUGCUCGUGCUAUGUCUUGCUCAACCCCUCAAGGUGGAAGACGUGCAUUUGCGUCUUACAGGACAGUGCAGAGUCGGAUGGAACGACACGAGGUUGACGGGGACAGGAAUCUCCAGCGGCAAGGUGGAUAAAAUUACAGAGAUUUUGAAUCACAGGUGGCCGAAUUUUGUCGGGUCAGACGGCACUGGAUCGUCGUCAAAGGGUGUGACGCUGGGCGCCACAAACUACGAGUGGCCCUUCGAGGUAAUUAUCCCAGGAAGCACAGCGGAGAGCGUGGCAGGGCUUCACGACAGUCACAUCCAGUACAAGUUGAAAGCGACGAUUGCCAGAGGGCGGUUGGCGUAUGACCUGCACGCUUACAAGUCCGUCCGUGUCAUUCGGACUCUCGACCCCGCAGCACUGGAGCUAUCGCACGCCAUGACGGUGGAGAACAUAUGGCCCAACAAACUCGAGUACUCGAUCGUAAUUCCGCAAAAGGCAAUAGUUUUCGGAACGUCCAUUGCCGUGGAUAUGAAAUUUACGUCGCUACUCAAGGGAUUGAGGAUCGGCACCAUCAAGUGCCACCUCGUUGAGGUACAGGAGUUCUCCAUCCCAGGCCCGGCAUUCUCGAAUAAAUCGCAUAAGAAGUCGAGGGAUAUUGAGAACUGGGCUUUUGAAAUAGAUGAGCAAGAGAGCUAUCGUGACAUGUUGGAUGAAUCAGGGCAGGGUGGCUUCGUUGUGAAGGAGGUACUGCCUCUCCCCAAGUCGCUUAAGAAGUGCUUGCAGGAUUGCGAGACGCAUGGCAUUAAGAUCCGGCAUAAGGUGAAGUUCAAUAUCGCGCUGCACAACCCAGACGGACACACCUCCGAGCUGCGAGCUUCGCUCCCAGUCACCAUCUUUAUUUCUCCUAAUGUACCCCUCGAUGAAGCGGGCAACCUUCUCGAUCAAACGCCAGACCAUAUCCACACGCUUGACAUCGACUCCCACGCCCCUCCACUAUACGGCGAGCAUAUCAUGGAUCAAUUGUAUGCCGGUAUCGACCCUGGCAUUAUGACCCCAUCCGCUUCGUCCGGAAUGAACACACCAUUCCACCUCCACUCUCGAUCAGGCUCAGCGGAAAAUCUUGCAGCAAUGAAUGGCAUGUCAAGCACAGCUGUCAGACCAGAUAUCCUGUCCAGCAGACUACAUAACCUAAGUAUAGCGCCCGGAACCCCUGGCGCGUUUAGACGCCGCGGAGACGGUAGCGGAGGCAACACUCCCCAUGUUACGUUUAGCAGCGACAACCUUGUUAGUCUCGGCACUUCCAGCGCCCCCUAUCCAGCAGGGGGGUACUUCGACCAAGCACCAAACGGAGCGACAUCGAGAAGCAACCCGAUAUCUCGACACCCAAGCGACGAAGACGUGCGCAGUGGUCGCACAUCCGCCAUAACUUCCGGUCAUCAGACACCGGAGCACAUCGACUACUCCGAGCUCGCGCUGAACAAGGUUCCGUCAUAUGCGACGGCGGUUCGGGCUCCGAUACGGAAUACAACGCUUAACGAACCAGAACCGUUACCCAACUACGACAUGGCCAUCUCUGCACCGCCGAGUCCGACCAGGGUGCAUUCAUUUCCUGUCACUCGUACACUAAACGACCAGUCGAGGAACAUCAACAGCGAGCCUGCGACCCCGAGGCCCGAGACGCACAGGCGGAAUACCUCGUUAUCGCACCUAGGCCGGUCAGUGCUGAAUCGGCGGUCAAUGGGAGAUGACGAUGCGGAGAGGAGGCUGCAGCUUUUGAGGGCGAGAGCCCCAUAGGUUUUGCCUAUUAUACCCAUAUAUAAUGGUAGAUAGAAGGAUUAGAUAACAUCCUUCUGCGGCUGCUUUUUGCGAAUAUACUUAAUAAAGCUGGGAACGGCAACGAUUGGAUGGAAUGACUUGAAAGGAUGGGGUUUUAAGGGAAUAGAAGGGAGGAUUUUUGGGAGGCGUUUGGUGGGGAUAUCCCCAGCGGUUUUGGGGAUACCUGGGUUUCUUGGAUAUAAAUAUGGCAUCACUCCUCUUAGAUUAAACUCGGUGAUAAUUAGAUAAUAUAUCUUAAACUUUAGAUC